UCGCUUUCUCUACAUUUAUUUAUUCUUUGAAAGUCUUCUUCUAUCUCCUGGUAAAAGGAAUACAAAGAGUGAUACUCUGAUCAUUUAAUUCCAAGAACGUUUUUUGUGUUUGAUGCCCACAAGCGGAUUUCUAAAUUGAAAACUACUUUUUAUAAGGGUCAAUUCUCGCUUUAUUGUGGCCAUGGGUCUUGAAGUUGGUUCCUUUAGCCGCUUGACAUCAAGAACCAGCAGUUUCAAGAAUCCUACUAUGGAGCGGUCUUUGAGUUUCAACAGCUGGGAGAUUCCUAAAGAGACCAAGACUGAUUCAGGUUUCGAGACAAAGAAGUCAACUCCAAACGCUUUGCAUGGAAGAAACUGUGAGAGUCUCCAGAUAAAGAAACCCACAGUAACUCCACCUGAGCCUUUUGUGUUCUUCUCCCCUAGACCUGUCACCGAGCUUGAUGCAGCUGCGACUACGCUACAAAAAGUAUACAAGAGUUACCGGACGAGAAGGAACUUAGCUGAUUGUGCUGUCCUUGUUGAGGAGCUCUGGUGGAAGACUCUUGAUGGUGCAACUCUGGACCUGAGCUCUGUGUCUUUCUUUAAAGAAGAGAAACAUGAACCGGCUGCUUCGAAAUGGACACGAGCUAGAAAACGAGCUGCUAAGGUUGGGAAAGGCUUGUCAAAAGAUGAAAAGGCUCAGAAAUUAGCUCUUCAGCAUUGGCUCGAAGCUAUUGACCCACGCCAUCGUUAUGGCCACAACUUGCACUUCUAUUAUGAUGUCUGGUCAGCGAGCAAGAGCUCACAGCCUUUCUUUUACUGGUUGGACAUAGGAGACGGCAAAGAUGUAAAUCUUGAGAAACAUCCAAGAAGUGUUCUGCAGAAACAAUGCAUCACAUAUCUCGGACCAAUGGAGAGAGAAGCAUAUGAAGUGAUAGUGGAAGAUGGGAGACUAUUGUACAAAGAAAGCAUGAGUCCAAUCAAUUCAACAGAGGAAUCAAAGUCAAUCUUUGUACUUAGCACAACAAGAACCUUAUACGUAGGGAAGAAGAAGAAAGGUGUGUUCCAGCACUCUAGUUUCUUAUCUGGUGGAGCCACAACUGCUGCAGGAAGAUUGGUUGCUCGCGAUGGGAUCCUUGAGGCUAUAUGGCCAUAUAGUGGACACUAUCUCCCAACAGAAGAAAACUUCAAGGAGUUUAUAAGUUUCUUGGAGGAGCACAAUGUUGAUCUCACCAAUGUUAAGAGAUGUGCUGUGAAUGAAGAAUAUUCAUCAUCAUUCAAAUCCAUUCCAGACGAAGAAGAAGAAGCAAAAGAGAUCUCACAAGAAGUUGAGAUGCCUUCGGAGCAAGAAGAGAGAGCGAGACCUGUGUUUGAUCAUGCGAAGAGACUGUCUUGUAAAUGGUCAAGUGGAUAUGGUCCAAGAAUUGGGUGUGUUAGGGAUUAUCCAAUGGAGCUACAGACACAAGCAUUGGAGCAAGUCAGUCUCUCGCCUCGUGUCUCACCAGCUAAUACUUAUGGACCUAUUCCAUCUCCAAGACCGAGUCCUAAAGUGAGAGUUUCCCCACGGUUAUCUUACAUGGGGAUCCCUAGCCCGAGAGCUGUUAAAUGCUAAAACGCACACACUUCUUUAACUUGUUCUCCAAGGAAGAGUGUGUUAGAAGUGAAGAAAACCUAUAACCUCCAUCUUUCUUUGUUCUUUUAUAUAUAUUUUGUAAAUUUCGAUUUUUUUAAUCAUUAUUAUUACAUUUUUAUUAGUGACUCGUGAGCUUUUGUCUCUUUUCUGCUGUUUUACUUGUGAAUAAGAUGGAAAUUCAAUUCA